AUGGCCUCUGAACGUGAAGUGAUAGCCACAGAGCACGCGAACAAGCUUCGCGAGCUUUUUUUCCUCGUUUCCAGCGCACUCCAACCACUUCCAGAUUACACAUAUCUCUCAGCAUCUACCACAGCAACAAAUUUCUUUGACAAGAAUGAUGUAUCCACGGCAAAGCCGUUUCAGAUUGCCUCGAUAUCAAAGGUGCGCGACUAUGACACAUUGAAGCGUGAAAUGGCAGGGAACGCGAAGCGCUACUUAUACCAAGCAGAAGAGAAGAAUAGCAAUGGAAAGCGGCCUCGGGAGGCGGCAUUUGAGCUUACCAACGAGGCGUUUAGAGACCUUGCCAAUAGCCUUCCGAGUGGAAUUCCACUUCCUGUGGGAAAGAGUCGGCGGAUCCAGACUACUGUCAAUCUACGAUCACAAGUAGAGGGCAUCGAAAGAGAGAAGGAAGAGUUUUUGCAUAAAAGAAUUUCAGAUUUGGAUAUCGUAGCAUUGCCGGACCACUAUCCAACACAAGUCCAUGACUCCACAUCUUUGGCCGAGCUCUAUUACAGAACCCAGUCUUUCCCUUUGAUAAAGCUCUUGCCUGGCUCACACAAGGCCUUGAUGACCGAGAACUUCGAGCUGGCUCUAUUGGAAGGUAAGAUCUCCGUUUUGUACUCGCGUAUUGAAGAGUUGAAGCGUCAGAAUAAGUGGUCGUUGCGCCAGCCAAUGCGGUACUAUGAUCCCUUUGUAUAUGUGAAACGUAAUAAGAAGGCCAAAGAACUUACCUGGGAUUCGCUUGUGCGCGAAGCGAAGUGGAUGGCUACAGACUUUAAAGAACUUCAGAAGUUCAAGAAAUACUGCUGUGCACAGAUUGCCCAAGCAGUGAGAGACUACUGGACCUUUGGCCAAGUCAUGUGUAUCAAAACCAAGCCAAUUGAGUUUCUACCUCUUGAAUCUGCAACAGAAGGUGCUACAGACACUACAACAGAAGCCACAACGGGCUCUGCAUCCGAGGUUGCAAGCGAACUCACCACAGAAGGCGAUUCUGAAGCCGUUCCUGAAGCUGUAUCCGAUAUGGCGGUAGAAACCGAUGAUCUUGAUUCCGAAAUGCUAGAUAUUCCAGAAAAGCAAGAAGACUCUAACACAGCUGAUCAGCCCCAAUCCAAUGACCUCGAUUCCGAAUCUGCCAUAACCGAUAUAGCCACCGAUGAGAAUCAUUCAUCGGAUCCCGGGGCUGCGGAAGCAGCCCUCAAGCUUCAAACUGAAUCAUCGAUUGAUCCUUCUCAAUUGAGCAAGAUCGAUGGCGAGGAAGAGACGUUUGCUCUCGAUUUACAUACUACCAUCACCGAGCCGGCAGAGAGCCCUGCAACAAUCACUCCUUUCAAAUCUCACAUUAACAUCAAUGACUUGAAAAAACUUGACCAAUCUAUCAUCCGGAAUUUGCCCAAGUACACUGCAUUUGAUGAUGACCCUCUGACACCUCUUCUGACUACAAUUCCCGUGACAGAGAUAUCUCUUAUCCCGGGAUCUCGAAUGCUCUAUCCUCUGGAGGCAGACGACGAUUGGUACAAGAUUGUCUUGCGGGACUCUGCCACCCCACAACCUUCUGGAGAGGAGAGUGGCCCACCCCCUUAUCAGAAGGGCUUGUUUGGUGUACAAUCCCACAGAAAAUUCAAUUUCUUGAAACCCCCAAAACCUCCUUUAGUGAAAAACAUCAAGUUUCGCUCGCCCACGAUUUGGCUUCCUCGUGAUGACCAGCUCUUGAUUCAUUAUGUAGCCGAGUAUUGCUUCAAUUGGGAGCUUAUCUCAGCGAAUCUCCUGGCCCACCCCGCUACUUUGAAACACUACACCUCAAAUAUUGAAAAGCGGACUCCAUGGCAAUGCUUUGAACGGUACAUCCAGCUCAAUGACAAAUUCCAAUUUAGAGAUAUGAAAGGCUCAAAUGCAGCCCCUGCACAGAUAUGGCUUGAGGAAGCACACAACGCCCAAAUGUCCACCAAAAGACGGAUCUCGCCCUUUGGUGUUGGAACUGAGUCUAUCCAGAGGGGCCACAAGAAGUUACGUUGGGCAUCCAUGUUUGAUGCGAUGAGAAAAACGAUGAGGAAAAGAGAGCUUGCAGCUGCCAAGGCGAAUAGUAGAAAGGCUGCAACCCCUGAAUAUGCCUCCAAUACUAUCAAUAAUAAUGCUUCCGGGUACGCGGCCGGCCAAACAUCCAAAAGAAGUGGCGAUGUGAUUCCUACACCUCAAGAGCUUACCAAAAUGAAACAUGACCAAGACCAGGUCACGCAAGAAGUGUACUUUCAACGACAAGCAUCUAGAUCACGCUUGAAGCCAGGAAUCGGGCAAAGAAGACCAGAUCAAUCUGGUGGAGCAACGAGCUCUCCUCCAGUUGGGCCAAUGGACUCGGUAUCGAGUGGGCCAUCAAGGGCUACAGUCGACGCUCAAAGAAGAAUGCAACAACAAAGAGCUGCACAACUCGCAGCAGCUUCUUCCUCAGAUUCUUCGCGCCCAUCACUGGCUGCGCUUCAGAAUGGCCUUCCCGCUGGAAUGCCGGGCCAACUGUCUCACGUUGCAUUGGCGCAACACCAGGCAAAACAACUUCUUGGAAACAUGAAGGCAGCGCUGUCCAACUCAAAGCCUCUCACAACCGAACAGAUGCAAAAGGCUUUUCAAAUCGAGAAGCAGCGCCUUUUGCUUCAGCAGAAGAACCAAGGAGGCGCUGGUUCUCCCAAUCCACGAGUGUCAAGUCAAAUGAUGGCCGGUAGAAAAGUUCUUGAUUCAGCUACUCAUCCCGGCAGCAGCCCAACGAUGCUAGGCGCAUCUAGCGCAGCUAGCUCGCCCUCCGCAAAACAGCCCGCGCUUGCAAAGGGCCCGCUUCAAUACUCACCAGCUCAAUUUGCCAAGAUUGUUAGCACGAUUCAGCAAAAGAAUCCAAACAUGUCCAAGGAGCAGGCCAAGAAAGUUGCUGUUUCAUAUCUAGCCAACAUUCAACAGCAGCAACAAGCUUCUAGGACCAGUCAAAAUGCAACCACGUCCUCCAGCGCACAAGAGGCUUUGAAAGCGCGCCAAGCACAUUUGACAGCACGGAAAACUACUCCGGGCAAAGAGGACGAUCGUAGUAAAAUGGUUCUCACCCAGGAUUCUUACUUAGGAAGAGCUUCUUCUCCGUACACAAGAACGGGCGCAAGUCGAACCAACUCGCCCUUGGACACAAGCUUGCAAUAUCCUACUAAUCAAGAUGAAAAGUAG